CCGAGACAAACGAGAAAGGUUUUGUUCAUGCAGAUCUGCGAGUCUCGGCCCCAGCGACACAGCUUCCUCCUCCAUACUCGAAACCGCUUUAUGUAUCUCGAAGGUCGAGAGGAAGAAGCGAAGAAGGAGGCGGCAGAGCUUCUUCGUCUUUUGUUGCCCGUUCGUCGUUCCACGGAUCGCAAUCCUUAAGCCAGCCGAGCACCACACGAACAGCCAUUGCAGCUGUUUGGGUGUCCUUCUUUGUCCACCCGCAAAUGGCCCAGAAUGCUGAAGCUUUCACGCUUCUCUCAUUGGUUCUGUUCAUCAUCGCUUGCCGGACCUUAGUGCGCGUGAGAAAUGUCGGCUUCCGCGGAUUGCAGCUCGAUGACUAUCUUAUGCCGGUGGCCGGCAUCCUCUGUAUAAUUGACUUGGUAGCGGCAAUUUUCGUCGUCGAGAAGGCCCAUGGCUUGACCAACAGCUACAUGACCGACGAGCAGCGUGCUUCUCUCUCUCCCGACUCCCAAGAAUACAAGGACCGCGUCCUGGGAUCCAAGAUCCAGGUUUUUGGCUGGGUCCUCUACGCCGCCAGUCUUUGGUGUAUCAAGGCCUGCGUCGCCGUCUUUUACUCUAGGUUAACUACGAACCUCGCGCACCUGCAAAUCCGCGUCUAUAUCGCAUAUGUCUUUAUCGGUGUGACAUGGGUCAUCACAACUCUAUUGCUCCUUUUCGGCUGUCGGCCCAUGUCAAAGUACUGGCAGAUCUAUCCUGAUCCGGGAAUCUGUCAACCCACCAACUCUAAACUCUACGUCCUCUCGGUCUUGAUCCCCGAUAUCCUCACAGACCUGUACUUGCUCUCCAUCCCCCUGCCGCUGCUCUGGUCUACAAACAUCAGCGUAAAGAAGAAGAUCUCCUUGACCGUGCUCUUCUCUGGAGUCCUCUUCGUCAUCAUGGCGGCCAUCAUCCGUGGAGUCGUCAUUCUCACUUCCGGCCCCGAAGGCGCCGUUACCGGUAGCGAGUGGGCAAUCCGGGAGGAGUUCGUCUCCAUUGUCGUCUCCAACCUGCCGAUACUGCAACCACCAAUCCGAGCCUUCUGCAACAAGAUCGGCCUCAGCGUCUUAUUUUCCUCGCACAAGAGCAACCACGUGACGCCCUAUGAAGGCAGGACGAUCGGUGGAGGUGGAGGCAGCUACCCACUCCGAAGUCAGAGGAACCGGAGUAACAAGACCGGUGCCCAUGAUGACACCGUGACUGCCUGGGACAGCGAUGAGCGGAUCCUGUGCGAAAACGGGGCGCAGACCAACGGCAGAAACAUCGUCGUGACCCGUGAGGUUGCCGUCGAGUCUGAGUCUGGAUCGGUCAAGGAACAGGCCGGAUGGGGUCCGUCACCGUCGGAGUCGGGUGUGCCUGCUUCGCAUCCCAAGCCCGUGGCUCAACGUGGAUUCGUCGUCGCAUAACGACCGACCGGCGUCUAGAGGCUCCGACAUGUACCUGUCGCCGCUACUGGUACCGGAAUUUCUUUUUGUUUGUUUGUUUAUUUGUUUGUAUUCUCGGAUCGAUCGCCGUACAAGACCGUUGUUCUUCAACUGCUUGAGCCCGCUGAUAUGCAGGUAUUGGGUGCAGGCCGCCCUGAAGGCUGGGCUUGUUUGUGGCCAGCCGUUCCUAAUCUAGUAAUUAUACGAAUACCCACCCAG